AUGCUCACUUGGUGUAAUGAAGUAGACUGCUCCUUAAACUACCCGUUGGGGAAACACGUGAUCCACGAGGUGGCCAACAUCUCCUUCGGCCAUCUGGCCUGCGAGGACCAGGCCGCCGUGGUCGUCCACUGGUCUCCGAGUCCAUUAGGAAUUGAACACAUUAAAGGCUUCAGAGUUUAUUUGGAGGACAAGAAUCCAGAAGGGAAACAGUGUCAACACCUCAUCCUCAAAGACCCACGGCAACUCAACUUCUCCUUCAGGACCACGAAGCUGAGCAGUCAGCCCUUCAGCGGCUUGACCUUUGACACCGACUACAUGGUCCGGGUUGUUCCUUUCCCAUCACUCAUGAAUGAGAGUUUUUUCCCUCCAUCCUUCCUCCGAACCAACUCGUGUGAAGUCCUGCUUGGAUCGGACAACCUGGUCUGCAAACCCUUCUGGAAGCCAAAGACCCUGAAUGUGUCUCAGCUGGGAUCAAACCUUCACGUGUCGUUCGACCAGGCCCCGGCCACCUUCGGCUUCCACUUCUACUACCUGUACUACAAGCUGCGGCAGGACGGGCCCUUCAGGCUGCAGCGCUGCAAAACGGACCCAAACCAGGUGAGGACAACAUGCAUCCUCCAGGAUGUCACUCCAGGAACCUACGCUAUAGAGCUCAGAGACGACCGUAACACAACCAGGAGGCAAACGCAGUACUAUGUCAGCCAAGUGCACUCCCCCUGGGCGGGGCCUAUCCGGGCAAUGGCCAUCACAGUGCCUCUGGUCAUCAUGUCGGCCUUCGCAACCCUCUUCACCGUCAUGUGCCGCAAAAAGCAGCAAGAAAACAUUUACAGUCACCUGGAUGAGGAGAGCAGCGAGUCGUCCAAUCAGAGCGCGGCGUUGAACAGCGAGCGGCCCUGGCCCCGCCCCAAAGUCUUCAUCUGCUAUUCCAGCAAGGACUGCCCCAAGCACACCAGCGUCAUCCAGAGUUUUGCCUACUUCCUGCAGGACUUCUGCGGCUGUGAGGUUGUGCUGGACCUCUGGGAACAUCUGGAGAUGUGCAAGGAGGGUCAGAUGGCGUGGCUCAGCAGGCAGCUGGACGAGGCCAACCACAUCGUCAUCGUCUGCUCCAAAGGCCUCCGAUACUACGUGGAGAGGAAGAGCCGCAGGGGGAAGACGCCGGUCAGCCGGCGCGGCAGCAGCAGCAGCCCCCCGACGGGCGUAUCCCACGGCGACCAGUUCAUCGCGGCCGUGGCCAUGAUCGCAGAGAAGCUGAGGCUGGCCAAGCAGAGCGAAAACAGCGGGGAGCAGGAGCCGAACCGCUACAUGGCGCUGAUGGACCAGCUGCCCCAGCUCUUCAGCCUGCUGCACUCGGGCCCGUCCGGCUUCGGCGAGCACGAGCAGACGCCCGUCAACGUCUCCAGGAGGAACUACUUCAGGAGCAAGUCGGGCCGCUCGCUCUACGUCUCCAUCUGCAACAUGCACCAGUACAUGUGCCAGAAUCCCGACUGGUUCGAGAAGCAGCCGGCUCCCCCGGCGGGAGCGUCCUCCGCCCCCCCGGACCCCCCCCUCCAAACCCCCCCACCCCCCUCCUCCCCCGAGCGUCCAGCCCCCCGCCCCCCCCCCGAAACCGGCCGGCUCCUCCCUGCACCAGCAGAGGUUCGACUCCGGCCUGGUGAUGGUCAGGACCCCGUCACCAGAGGGAGCAGAUGUAAAGCACAACGUGCUCCUACUGGCCCCCGACUCCAGUUCCGGCUCCAACCCGGGGCCAAGUCCCAGUCUCAGUACGGGACCCUGUCCCAGUCCCGGUCUUUGUCCCAGUCCAGACUUGCCACCUUUGUCCUCGAGGGGUCUCCCUCGGUUCUGCGGGACGGAGUUAGCCCCGUCCCGGCCCACGCUGAGGAGGACCACUCCUCCGCUCCAGAGGCCCCGCCUCCCCGCGACUCAGGCAUCUACGAUUCGUCCGUCCCCUCCUCGGAGCUGUCCAUUCCCCUAAUGGAGGGGCUGUCACACGACCAGGCAGACUCCUGCUCCCUGGCGGAAAGUGAAUCGUCUUCCUCCGGGCUGGGUGACGAGGAGCCGCCGGCUGUGGCCUCGCUCUUCUGCAGCGCCGCCAGAGUCUGCAAAGCAGAGUUGCACCCCCACCGUCACCUGGAGCACGGCAACACGCAGGCAGCAUCAUCAUAAGGGGAGCUCCGAGCCAAAGCAGGAGAGGACCAGCCACUAAGGCCAAGAGAAAGCACUGCACACGCAGGGGCCAUUGUCCUAUGAACUGAAACUGAAGAAUCCAAAGGCUUUGGAAAAGGGAAAGGGUGCUCACCACUGGGCUGUUAAGGUGUAGUCUGAGGUAUUUUGGUAAUAUUUUACCCCUCGAACAUUAUAAAAGGGCACAACUAUGGUCAAACCACUUCAUAGUAAUUAUGGCAACCACUGAAGCUAAAUGUUACAUCACAUGGCUAGUCUGGGUAUGAGAAGGUGUAUCCCCGACAGGAAACAUAAGGAGAGAGUUUUAAGAGUUUUUUAAUCUAAUUUUCAGUUACUUUUUUAAAGCAGAAAGACACAGUUUGUUAAGGGAGAGCCAAAGCCAACACGGCAAAGAAAACUGUAUGAGCCAAAGAGGAAAAUGCACAAACCAAGGAGCAUAAUCGGGAGAAAACGAGCAACAAAAAUGGCGGAUCUCCCCUGCAAGGCCAAUCUGAACCCACGAUUCAAAAUCAAAAGAAAGAAAAACUUGGAUAAGAACUCGUACACUAGUAUGUUCAGCCGAGAGCAUCAGGUAAAACAGCCAGAAGUUAAAGUGGUUUAAAAAAAAGUGUCCAAAAGGCAAAGAGGUGCAGAUUCCUGGUCUUUUUAUCAGCCGGUCAUAGUUAAAGGGAGGGGGCUGCACCAGGGAAACAGUUUUCGAAGUUUUGAAGCCUUCAUCCCCUUGUUUAUUUAAAUGAAAUAAGCACAGGUUUGUUGUAACUGUGGGACCCGCUGAGUGCCAAGCUCAUCAUCCAGAACUCUGGAGGAGUGCUCGAGGACCGGACACCUACAGAUUUUUAUCAGCUCAAACCAAAGAGGGUUGAUGCUCAGCAUGGAAACGCGAAGCAGAGACAAAACUGUCCAGACAUUUGUGGUUGGUUCAGCCAUUCGAGACCCAGAAACCCACAACAGCAACACCAAAACAAAAGCUGGGGGCCUUAUCGACACCUAAAGGACGCCAUUACAACAUUACAAUGCCAACAGGAGUUAUUUUGCAAUAUUAUUUGUAUUAUUUUAUACAUUUAAGACUGAAACCAACGAAACUUAAUAAUUUGGUGUUUGCUUUGGUUGAAGAAGUUAGAUUUUUUUCCUUAAAAUGUGCCAUUUUAUUUGAGAGAAAUGCUUUAUUUCAUCAGUGAUUACUUUGAGUUUUCACAUCUCUUAGUAGCAUCCCUUAUUUAAGAAUUUUUCCAGCAAAGAAAUGUUUUUCUUUUUGUUUUUUGUCAACUGUGAUUCAGUCUUAGACGCAGGGUGUCUCUUGCUUAAACAAACACAACAACAAAAUCUCAGUCAGAAAUUGUUUUGAAGAAUCUGAUUAAAAUAUGAUGGAAGAGUAAUUUAAGUGAAACAAAGUUAGUUUAUUCUUCAUAUUAAUUCAGGAUUUUGGACCAUAACAAUGACUGAAUACAAUGAAAUUGAUUUGGUUGUAUAGUUAAGAUUUGAAGGCAUUAUUAAUGACAGAUUUUUUACCACAUUUUUUCAAAUAAAUCUGAACUUUUUGUGAGAUUUUGUAAAGCAGCAAAGAUGAGGGCAUAAUUUCAGAGGAGACUGUUAAUUUCUGACAGAAAGAUUACGUUUUAAAAGCUAGACUAAGGAGAGUGUAAAUACAAACGUUUACUUUUUAGGUCAAAAUUCAGAGAUUGUGAUAUUUUUUUACUCAAGUUUAUAUAUAAAUAUAUAUUUUUUAUCUUUUUUAAUCCAUCUUUUUCUGACAGAAAUGGGCUUCCGGAUGUAGUUAAGUUUCUUAUCCAUAAUAUCCGUGUUUAACUUUAAUCACAGGAGACUGCCAGUUAUUCAGUCUACAAUUGUUUCUUCGGUUAAACAAAACUGUUUUAAUCUUGAUAUAAAGUCUGUUUUCUGACUUAAAUGUUAAAGUUUCUGCUCUGCUUUGUCUGCAGGUUUGUGUUUGUCAGAAGGAAAAAUUCAACAUUUCCUACCUGUAAAUAUUAUUGUACCUGGAAAUGAACUGAUUUGGAUUUGUAUAGUUUGAUAUUUUUAGCAUUUUCAUCCAUUUCUUUUUUAGAAAUGUAAUGUUUUAUAGUACCUCGGUUCGGUAAAGUAAAUAAAUCUAUCUUGUGAAGCUG